AUCGUUCACUCACGAGCCAACACUACAAGAGGAGACAGACGUGCGGUAGCGGAUGGAGCGCGCCGUCUCGUCGCGAGCGCGGGAUUCGGACUCGAACCUCGUCAUUCGUCAGCCACACCGCGCUCUUCUUCUUGGGCUUCCUCCAAUCUCGACGCUCCUCUUCCCGCUCUCCAAGGAUGGGAAACGGCUCAGCUAAGGCCAAGCGCUCCAAGAGGCCCUCGCCGGACUCUCUGACGACGCGCGUCGACCAGCUGGAGCAGGAGCUGCGAGGGAAAGACCAGGAACUGGCCGCCAAAGAGCAGGUGGUCAGAAGUCUCCAAGAGAAAAUCGCCGCGCAGGAACAGGCCCUCAUGCACCUCAGCCAGGAGCUGCGGAAAAAGCAGCAGAAUGGGGUACAAAACCAGAACGGAGACCGAAUGGCCGCCGGGGUCCCAGGAGUCGGUAUCAAGGAGACCCUCAAUAAGAGGAAGGGCGCCAAAGCGGGAGUGUCUGCAGAACCGACAUCCAGAACUUAUGACUGUAACCACCUGCCGAAGUUCUCCUUUGACAAAGCCCGAGUACCCAAAGAGUCCAGUGUGAAGAAGCAGUUGGUGGAGGCCCUGAACAGGAACCAGUAUCUGAAGCGUUUGGAGCCGCAGCAGCUCAGAGACAUCGUGGAAUGCAUGUUCCUGCGCAAGUACCAGCAGGGAGAUUUUGUGGUCCGGCAGGGAGAAGUUGGCAACCACCUCUUUGUCCUGGCAGAUGGAAAGUUGGACGUGUUUCAAGAGGACUCGCUGGUGUCGUCAAUGAUGGCGUGGACGGCGUUCGGCGAGCUGGCCAUCCUCUACAAUUGCAUGCGCACCGCCUCCGUGCGAGCUGUGAACAGAGUGUGCACGUGGGCUCUGGAGCGCGAGGCCUUCCAGAACAUCAUGCGGAGAACGGCCGAGACGCGCCACCACCAGUACGGACACUUCCUGCGCAGUGUGUCACUUUUGGCUGAUUUGCCCGACGACAAGAUCAGCAAGAUUGUGGACUGUCUGGAGGUGGAAUACUACAACAGGGGCGACUAUGUGAUCCGAGAGGGCGAAGAGGGCAGCACCUUCUACAUCAUCGCUCAAGGAAAGGUGAAGGUGACCCAGACUACAGAGGACCACAAGAGUCCUCAGGUCAUAAACACGCUGCAAAAGGGCGACUACUUUGGAGAGAAGGCACUCAUCAGCGAUGACGUCAGGUCCGCUAACAUCGUUGCCGAUGACGACGGAUUGGAGUGCCUCCUCAUGGAUAGACAGACCUUUAACCAGACGGUAGGAACCUUCGACGAGCUCCAGAAAUAUCUCCAGGGCUACGUGGCUACGCUAGACCGGGACGACAUGAAGCGCCACGCCAGCAGGAAGUCGCUCUCACGGCACCCCAGUCAGACGCUGCCACCCGACGUGCUCCGCCUGAAGCAAAUGGCCGCUACCUUCCCGCCGUCCAGACCGCUCGACCACAUGGACGUCGUCGCCACACUCGGCGUCGGCGGAUUUGGCCGAGUAGAACUGGUGAAGGUGAAAGGCGAGGACGUGACGUUCGCGCUGAAGGUGAUCAAGAAGAAGCAUGUGGUGGACAACCGGCAGGAGGAGCACAUCCACUCGGAGCGCCGCAUCCUCGCCGAGGCCAGCUCGCCCUUUGUCGUCCGACUGUUCCGAACAUUCCGAGACGACAAAUACGUCUACAUGCUGCUGGAGGCGUGUCUCGGAGGAGAAAUCUGGAGUCUUCUGAGAGACAGGGGCAGCUUCGACGAGCCCACCGCCAAGUUCUGCGUGGGCUGCGUGACCGAGGCCUUCGAGUACUUGCACCCCAAGGCGAUCCUCUACCGAGAUCUCAAGCCGGAGAACCUCAUGCUGGACUCCGAGGGUUACGUCAAACUGGUGGACUUUGGCUUUGCCAAGAAGAUGCGUGGGGGUCAGAAAACAUGGACCUUCUGCGGGACCCCCGAGUACGUGGCCCCGGAGAUCAUCCUCAACAAGGGCCACAAUCUCAGUGUGGAUUUUUGGUCCCUGGGCAUCCUGGUGUUUGAGCUCCUGACUGGCAGCCCCCCAUUCACAGGAAGCGACCAGAUGGCCACCUACACCAACAUCUUGAAGGGCGUCGACAAGAUGGACUUCCCCAAGAAGAUUGCUAAGAGGCCUGAGGACCUCAUACGCAAGCUCUGCAGGGUGAACCCAGCUGAGCGGCUUGGAAACAUGAAAGGCGGCAUCGGCGACAUUAACAAGCACAGGUGGUUCAAUGGGUUCGACUGGGCGGGACUAAAGGCUCAGACCCUGCCGUCGCCCCUCAAGAGACACGUGUCAGGUCCUCUGGACCACAGCUACUUUGACGUUUAUCCCCCCGAUGACAAAAUCCCUCCUGACGAGCUCUCGGGAUGGGACGCCGAUUUCUGAGCUCCGACCAUCAUCGUCUUGACCGUUCCAAAAGUUCCAUCUGGCCAUAAGAAAAACAAGAACAUCAUCAUUUGAGAUGUGGUGACUUUGUGGAAGUACAGCGUGUGCCUCACGUUAGUUAGCUUAGCCUCUUUUGGUUCCCCGACCGUCAGAAUGGAUUGUUUUGUAAAUAAAGACUGCUGGACACUUGGAUAAAA